AUGGACGGCCCUCCAGCCAGUCAACCCACGCUUGCAUGCGGGGCUCACGAAUUAAAUUACCAGAAAUGGGGCACGUCCCGUACCAUACGCGUAUUACGAACUUACCGUUUCUCGAUUUAUAUUUGCGAUAGACGAAAUACCGGCAAACUGGAUUUCCCAAUCGAAGACAGCAUCGCCAAAACGGCGUUGCUGGGCGACACCGUCUUCCCCGACUGGCAAGAUGGCACCCCUCGCGAUGAUGCGGUUGACGGCCCCGACGAAAUGCAACGAAAGGAUCCUUUGGCAACUCAGAUUUGGAAAUUGUACUCGCGGACAAAAUCCCAAUUGCCCAAUCAGGAACGUAUGGAGAAUUUGACUUGGCGGAUGAUGGCGAUGAGUCUAAGACGUCAGGAAAGAGAGCGAGCAGAACAGGCACGUCUUGCUGUUCAACAAGCUGCUCAGAAGCCUUCAUCGUCUACUGUUCCCAGUGGCAUUGCUCAGCUUCGCCAGGCCAACCAGAGCAACAACACCGCUUCUGCCUCUGCCUCGGCUGAUUUUAUGAACUUGGACGAGUUCAUUGUUCCUUCAUCCAUUGGCUCACCGGCUGGCAUUGAAACUUUACCUGCCACUUCCGACCACAACCUUGCCCCUCAGUCUCAUACGGUCGCUCACUCAGGUAUUCCGAUUAAGGCUCGCAAGGACCAGAGUGUGUCGCAUGGUCCUCUCGUCCCAGCAUCCUUGCCUCAUCCUUCACAGGAACUGCGUCGCAACGACGAGUUCGGCUACGUGCAGCGCCGUGUACGAAAAACCAGUGUAGACGAACGCAAGGCACCACGCAAGCGACCUGCAGAAUUCUCCCCUCAAGUCGUCCCUACCUCCAAUCUGAUGGUGCAACAGAAUGAUCACGAAUUGGACACUGCCAUGAUGCCAGACUACAGUUUGGACCAACCACACUCCGCAUUCCCUCAUCACAACAGCCAUGCCUCUCCCAAUGUGCCUUUCAAUCUCGACACCUUCCAAAUCAAUGACGACCCCAUUCUUACAUCAGCCGGCCCCUUCCAGCAGAACUUUGCCUUCUCUCCCACCGAGUCGCCGUUGGUGACUUCCGGACCUUUCAGUCAUGUCUAUGCCCAGACUCCUAUGGGAUCGUCACUGAACUCCACUGACUUCUACUCUCCUCCUCCCUCCGGCUACCAGUCUACUGCUUCGACACCUCAACCUGUCUAUGACGGAGAGCACUCGAUGUACUUUGAUCAAAAUUCUAUGGACGCCCGGGUCCAACGUAGAGUUCCCACUUAUGCUGCCUCUAGCCAUCGCACAUCUAACCUCACUGCCUCUCUGCAACCUCGAUAUAUGUACGGUGCCAAAAAUGAUUCCAACGCUGCUGCCGCCUACAAUGUCAUGAGCGGGCCGCCUUCCAGCAUUCCUUCUCCUGGGUUCGCAUCCCACCAACACAUUGAUCCGUCGUCCGUCAUCACUCACAAUGAUUUCUCGGCUCCUCCCUCUCAUCACAACCUAAACUUGACUAGCAGUGAGAAUAUGUUCACAUUCGGAGCCGAUUCUGAUAAUGAAGACGAUGAUGGAACCGCCUUCCCGGACCAGAACAUGGCCAUGCAGACCGAUUUCCAAGGCAUUGACGAUAUCUCUAAUGACAUGUCCUCGGGCUUGCAAUGGGAUGCUCAGCUUGCCGGUCACUAUGGUUCUAUGCCAAACUUUUCUGGCCUGCAUCAUGGAAGGAUGGGUGAUAUCAUGGACCAGUCGCAUGAUUGGGAAAGUACAAGUCUGCCCCGUGGACAUGCCUCGACAAGCAACAUAAACAGUCGACCAAAGCUUGGUCGUGCAAAUACUGACCACAUGGGCGUACCGAUGCAGUCACAUACAUCGCCUAACACACCCCCUGAAUCUGGAUUCAGCAGCGUCGCACCAUCCCGGCCUGCCAGCCCUGGUGGCACUAAACCCGGUGAUUCAGGUGCCCCGACUACUUGUACUAAUUGCUUCACUCAGACAACGCCUCUGUGGCGGCGCAAUCCCGAGGGACAACCUCUCUGCAAUGCCUGUGGUCUUUUCUUGAAGCUUCAUGGAGUGGUUCGACCUCUUUCCCUCAAGACUGACGUUAUUAAGAAGCGAAACCGCGGUGGAGGAAACAAUCUCGCGAUAGGUGUCUCUGCAGCUCGGUCCAAGAAAGGUUCCCGAAAGAACUCAGUGCAACAGACUCCCGUUGUUACGCCGCCAAGUUCAAGCAAGCUACAGAGCGCUAAUGCUUCGGAGUCACCACCAUCAAUCGCUGGCUCGGUCACUUCUGGCACCGGAUCGAAUGGCGUUGCGGGUUCUGUCAAGAGUGGCGUUGUCCCUAUCGCAGCCGCUCCACCAAAGACAACACCAUCUGCUGGUGCUCAAGCAAGAGCAAUUCAAGUUGCUCCCAAGCGUCAACGGCGACUUGACAAGGACUCUAUUGGUUCUCUUGCCAGCAUUCAGGCUAGCUUAUCUCAGGAUAGCCCGGAAGCAGCCUCAGAUGAUACGAAUAUGGAUGGUAGCAAAGCCGGUGCUGGGCCAUCGGCAGCCUCCAGAUCUAAAAACGUACCAUUGGCACCCGCCAUGCCACCGGCAGCAACGAACCCGGCCCAUCACAGUCUAGCUGCGGGAUCCGGUCAGACAGCUAGUCAGGAAUGGGAGUGGUUGACAAUGAGUUUGUAA